AUGGAUGUGUUGUAUGAGGCAGGUAAAGCAUUGGGAACAGCUAACAUAUUUGAAUGUGUAAAGAAUCUGCGGGACCAGAGAGUCAAUAUGGUUCAAACUGCGGGCCAGUACAGAUACAUCCAUACGCUGGUUAAAGAGAUGCUAGUUUUGGCCAAUGAGCCUGUGUCGACAGAAAACUUUGCUGAGACAUAUACAAUUCAGGGAGAGGUAGAUGUGAUGAAACUGCAAGCACUUUACGAGGAUUACAUCAAUGACAAACGGUUUGUCAUAUCUCAGACUCCUUUGAAAACAACUGUUAUUGACUACCUAAGGCUAAUCCAUGAACACAACAUCCGUCUCGUGAUAGCCUUCGAUGACCAUGGAGACGAAAAAGUUGGUAGCUUUGUACCGACUGAUGACAGUCCUGUUGUGGCAGCCAAGUUCUUGGUCAAGAAAAUUUCAGAGACAACUCGGAGCUACUCGGUGAAAAGAACGUACAAGAUGGAGUAUAAGGAAACGUCUUCAAAUUUUGACCAUAUAACUUUUACGAAAUGGACACCUAAAGAAAGUGUACCUGCAAAUGUUGACCACAUGAUAACGCUUCUAAGCAAUGUAGAACGCGCUCUGCCCACACUUGGUGACACUCCUAUUCUUGUACAAUGCUUGAAUGGAGCCGAGAGGAGCGGCCUGUUUGUGGUACUCAUUAACAUAUUGGAGAGAUGUCGAAUGGAUGGAGAAGUGUCUAUUUUUCAGGUCAUCAGACAUCUUCGGACAAGGAGACACCAGAUUAUACCCAACUUUGCACAGUUUAUGUUCUGCUAA